AUAUGAGGAGGACGCACCUCCGCAGCCACAUCCACUCCGCUCCGCUCAGCGUGGACCCGCGCUCCCUCUCCGCAGCUCCGCCCCAGCGGACGCGCCGUUCUUCCGUUGCUCAUCAUGCCUCGUUCGUUCCUCGUGAAGAAGUACUUCUCCAACAGGAAGCCCUCCUGGGACCGGGACAGCCAGCUGGAGAGCCAGGCGGCGUUUGUCCCAGAAAGCUUUGCGCAGGCCGAGCUCCCGACGCAGAACGGCAGCUUCGCCCUGACCUGCUACCCGACCGGCCCCUCCUUCAGUGGCGUGGGCGUCCUGCCGGCGCCCCUGUCCCCCAUCGCGCCCGCGUCUCCGUCCCCCUCGCCGCUCGGCCCCCUGGACCUCAGCAGCGCUCCGUCCAGCAGCGAGGAAGAGGAGGAGGAGGAGGAGGACGGCGGGCGCACCUCCGACCCCCCCAGCCCGGACGUGGUGCAGCACGCGUUCCACUGCCUGCGCUGCACCAGCAGCUACAGCAGCCUCUCGGCGCUGUCCCACCACCAGGCGUCCCACCACCAGGCGUCCCAGCGCGCCCGGCAGCAGCAUUCCUCGCCUCUCCCCCCCGAGGCCGCCGCCGCCGCCGCCGCCCGCCCGGCCUUCCACUGCAAACACUGCCCCAAGGAGUACACCAGCCUGGGCGCCCUGAAGAUGCACAUCCGCUCGCACACGCUGCCCUGCGUCUGCCCCACCUGCGGAAAGGCCUUCUCCCGGCCGUGGCUGCUCCGGGGUCACAUCCGCACGCACACAGGUGAGCGGCCCUUCGCCUGUCAGCACUGUAACCGGGCCUUCGCCGACCGCUCCAACCUGCGCGCCCACCUGCAAAAGCACCCCGAGGUCAAGAAGUACCAGUGUGGCUCCUGCUCGCGGACCUUCAGCCGCAUGUUCCUGCCUCAACACAGCGCCUCCGGGUGCUUGUGGUUGAGUUUAUCAGAUGUGGAUAAAUUGAACCACACCGAUCCGAGCGCCACGCGGUCCCAUUUUAUUGGAGAGAAUGCCGACAUCUCGACGGCCGACGCCUCCAACACUGCAACCCACACCGACAGCAUCCAGGCUGAUAAAUAUCAGCGACAGGUGUGUCACCACCUGACCACGCCCCCGGGUCACACGGCACCUCCUGUCCCCCAACACCUAAGCCGCGAGCAGGGCGACGUCGCCGUGGCGACAGACGGCAACGCGUCCCUGAGACACAUCCUCUCUCUGCGUCCCGCUUGGUUCUGA